ACUCCCCUCGCAGAGACUGAAUUCAAACGGCUCCGUUGCGAUAAGGCCAUUAUUUUUACCCAAUGGCCUCGUGGUCCUCCUCCACCACAACCCCCACCUCCACCUCCUUCUCUGCCGUCCCUGCUUUCCUCUACUCCAUUCGCACUCUCUCCCUAACACGCAGCCAUGUUGGAACCAGAACGCUUGCCAGGAAGACCCGCACUUGCGCCAAACUCGGCGAGAAGAGCGCGUUGCAGUACAAGAAGCUCGGAGACUCUGACCUCGCUAUUAGCGAAAUCACUUUUGGAACUAUGACAUUCGGGGAGCAAAACACAGAGAAAGAAGCUCAUGAAAUGCUAAGUUAUGCAUUUGAGCGUGGCAUUAAUGCUCUCGACACUUCCGAGGCUUACCCAAUUCCAAUGAGGAAGGAGACACAAGGAAAAACUGAUCUCUACAUUGGUAGCUGGCUCAAGUCACAACCUCGUGACAAGAUUAUUUUGGCCACAAAAGUAUGCGGUUAUUCUGAACGGUCAAGUUAUCUACGAGACAAUGCGAAGGUUUUGCGGGUCGAUGCUGAAAAUAUUAGAGAAAGUGUGGAGAAAAGCCUCAAGCGCCUCGGCACUGAUUACAUUGAUUUGUUGCAAAUUCAUUGGCCUGAUCGUUAUGUGGCAUUGUUUGGUGAGUUUUCAUAUGAUCCUUCAAAAUGGAGGCCAAGCGUGCCAUUUGUGGAGCAACUGAAGGCUUGUAAAGAACUUAUUGAUGAAGGAAAGGUACGCUACAUUGGUGUUUCCAAUGAGACUUCAUAUGGAGUGAUGGAGUUUGUGCAUGCAGCAAAAGUUGAAGCACUACCGAAGAUUGUCAGUAUCCAAAACAGCUACAGUCUCCUAGUUAGAUGUCGUUUUGAAGUUGAUCUUGUUGAAGUUUGUCACCCAAAGAAUUGCAAUAUUGGUUUACUGGCUUAUUCUCCACUGGGCGGCGGAUCACUUACAGGAAAAUAUAUAGAUAUCAAUUCCGAGGCUGCAAGAAAAGGAAGAAUGAACCUCUUCCCUGGCUACAUGGAAAGAUAUAACAAAUCAAUUGCCAAGGAAGCAACAAUAGAAUAUCUUGAGUUGGCCAAGAAGCAUGGCCUAACUCCAGUUCAACUGGCACUUGGUUUUGCACGAGACCGCCCGUUUAUGGCGAGUUCAAUCAUCGGUGCAACCUCUGUCAAACAACUAAAGGAAGACAUUGACGCAUUUCUUACAACUGAGCGGCCUUUGCCACCAGAAGUAAUGGCAGAUAUUGAAAAUAUUUUCAAGAGAUACAAAGAUCCUGCCAUCCUUUGAGAGCCACAGGAUAAAAGUGUAUUGUAUCAUUUUUUUGUCUUUUUUUUUUUUUUUUUUGGGGGUAAAACAUGUACCUGCUGCAUCUUAUUCCUAGAAGAAUGUCACGAAAGAAUAUCCCAUCUUUUAUGGGGAUUUUGCAAAAAAGCAUCUUACAUUACCUAAAAAAGGAUUUAUUCCCAAUCAUUUUGGGAGAUUGUAUUUUCAUUUUUCCAA